AGUGAAGAAUGGCAAGCUUCACUACAAUUUUACUGCCUUGGAUAACUUUUUGGAUCACCUGUGGGAAAAUAAGCUAAUUCCAGGAUUUGAACUGAUGGGGAAUCCAUCAGGAUAUUUUUCAGAUUUUGAAGAUAAAGAACAGGUAGUACGGUGGAGAAACUUAAUUACAGUUCUGGCCAACAGAUACAUAGAUAGGUAUGGAUUGGAGCAUGUUACUAAAUGGAAUUUUGAAACGUGGAAUGAACCAGACCACCACGACUUUGACAAUGUGUCUAUGACAGUAAAAGGGUUUCUCAACUAUUAUGAUGCUUGCUCAGAAGGACUAAAAGCAGCCAGUCCUUUUCUAAAAUUUGGAGGGCCUGGGGAUUCCUUCCACCCCUUACCCAAGUCACCCAUAUGCUGGCAUCUUCUGUGUCAUUGCUACAAUGGGACCAACUUCUUCACAGGGGAGACUAGCGUAAGGCUGGACUACAUCUCUCUCCAUAAGAAGGGAGGUGGGAGUUCUCUCUACAUCUUGCAACAGGAAGUAGAAGCUGUUCAACAAAUUCAAAAGCUGUUUCCAAAUUUUAGUUCUGUUGCCAUAUACAAUGAUGAAGCAGAUCCAAUGGUUGGAUGGGCCACCCCACAACUAUGGCGAGCUGAUGUGACCUAUGCAGCUAUGGUUGUAAAGGUAAUCGUCCAGCACCAAAACCUGCUCAUUUCCAAAGCCAACAACACCAUCAACUACACAUUGCUGAGUAAUGACAAUGCCUUCCUGAGCUACUACCCCCAUUACUUCACACAGCGGACCCUGACAGCACGUUUUCAGAUGAAUAACACAAAGCCACCACAUGUCCAGAUGGUGCGGAAACCAGUGCUGACUGUAAUGGGCUUGCUGGCACUGCUAGGAGAAGAGCAGAUUUUUGCAGAAGUGAAGAACAGUGAAGGUGAAAGCAUUGGAAACAGCACAGUUGGUGUGCUGGCAUCUGUGCAUACCCCAAGUGAGAUGCAACCCUCAGACAGCUGGCAAGCUACUCUACUGAUGUAUUUAAGUGAGGAUAACAGGACUUCAUCCAACAUCAGCACCAUCACAGUGAAUGCCACCCACUUCCCCAAAUGUGGAGGGCUGGUGUAUGUGACAUAUUACCUGGAUAAUAACCUAACCAAUCCCUACCUGAAAUGGAAAAACCUAGGAAGCCCUGACUUUCCAUCUCCAGAACAGUUCCAGAAAAUAAGGGAUGCUGAGGACCCACUGGUAAGAGGCCCAUUCCCAUUUCCUGAAGGUGGCACCCUGACACUGAAGCAAGACUUUCCCAUUCCCUCAGUCUUUCUUAUCCACAUCUGUGCAAGACCCAGAUCUGCUCCUGAUCAAGUGACUGGUGUUCGUUUGAUCCCUCUCACAAAGGGGCAGGUCAUUGUGUUGUGGGACGAUGACUGCGUAAACUCAAAGUGUAUAAAGACAUUUGAAGUGGAAUUCUCAUCAGAUGGGAAAACAUACCAGCGGAUUAAUGCCAAAGACACAAUAUUCACUCUCUGGGUCUACUGUCCAG